CCCAUUUCACAUACACGUACGUAUACACCAUAAACCAUACCCAUGGCUCACCAAGUAAUUGCCGCCAACGGCGGUGCCGACCUCCCCGCAAAGCUCACCGGACAAGUGCUUGUCUGCUCCAUCAUCGCCGCCUUCGGCGGCCUCAUGUUUGGUUACGACAUUGGCAUAUCAGGAGGAGUGACAUCAAUGGAUGAGUUCUUGAAGAAGUUUUUUCCGGAUGUUUAUGUUAAAAAACACCAUGUUAAAGAAGAUAACUACUGCAAAUUCGAUGAUCAGAUACUUCAGCUCUUCACAUCUUCUCUUUACCUCGCCGCGGUUGCUUCUAGUUUUGGGGCAUCAAAAUGUUGCAAUAAUUAUGGCCGGAAAAUCACCAUACAACUGGCGUCGUUUUUCUUUUUGGUAGGUGUGGUUCUCAAUGCGGCAGCAUUGAACAUCGCGAUGCUCAUCACUGGAAGGCUUAUGCUUGGUGCUGGUAUCGGUUUCGGUAACCAGGCUGUGCCACUAUUCAUAUCCGAGAUCGCUCCAAACAAGUAUAGAGGGGGUCUAAAUGUUUGCUUCCAGUUGUUAGUCACGGUUGGGAUCCUUGCGGCCAACAUAGUUAACUACUUCACCGCGAGCCACCCAUAUGGCUGGAGGAUUUCCUUAGGCGGUGCAUCCGUCCCAGCUCUUUUCCUCGCAUUCGGGUCCCUACUAAUUGUGGAGACUCCCACAAGCCUAAUAGAGCGAGGACAUCCAGAACGCGGAUUAGCAACUCUACGAAAGAUCCGAGGGGUUGAAGAUGUGCAAAAAGAAUUUGAUGAAAUAGUUAACACCACCGAGUUAGCUAAACAAAUCAAGCACCCAUUCAAGAACCUAAUGAAGCGAUCGAGCUGGCCUCAGCUCAUCACCUCGGGUGUCCUUCAAAUUUUCCAGCAGUUUACCGGCAUCAAUGUGAUCAUGUUUUAUGCACCCGUUUUGUUUCAGACAAUGGGGUUUCAUAGUGACGCGUCUCUACUAUCGGCUGUUGUGACGGGUACCAUUAACACCAUGGCUACAUUGGUUGCGGUUUUUUGUGUUGAUAAACUUGGAAGGAGGUUUUUGCUUAUUGAAGCUGCCAUCCAAAUGUUCAUUGCUCAGGUUGUAACAGGAGGAAUACUUGCUGCAUUUUUGAAAUCUACGAACACGUUACCUAAGCAAUACGCGUAUCUAGUGCUACUCUUGAUAUGCGUUUUCGUAUCAGGUUUCGCAUGGUCUUGGGGUCCAUUAGGGUGGCUAAUUCCUAGUGAAAUAUUCCCACUUGAGACUCGAACCGCGGGUUUCUUCUGUGCAGUGAGCAUGAAUAUGAUAUUCACCUUCAUCAUAGCUCAAGCUUUUCUCACAAUGCUUUGCCAUAUGCGCGCAAUGAUCUUCUUCUUCUUUUCCGGGUGGAUUGUGAUCAUGGGGCUAUACGCCUACGCACUUCUACCCGAGACCAAAGGCGUCUCCAUCGAUGAAAUGAACGAGAAGGUGUGGAAGAAGCAUUGGCUUUGGAAGAGAUGUUUUAAAAACGAAAGCGAACAAUCCCGGGAGGACAAGCCUUGAUGCAUGUUCUUAUUGUUAUUUUAAAUUUAUUUCAUAUCUACCGAAACUUGUUUACUGAGACGUCAAUUUUUGGGGGGAAUGAUUUAAUUUUACUUAGGUUUGUGGAUCAUUUCAUUAGUUACAUUGGUUUUGUUUUUUUAUUAUU